CGCGCAGUUAGUGCGCGCAGGCGUGCGCCCGCUUUGCGCACGUUUUGCGCUUGUACCGUGUUGUUACCCGGCCGUUGCCGGGAAUGGAGGCCUGCUGCGCGAUCACAGCUGCCGAGGACCUUGUGGGAGACCAGAUAGUCCCUGGCGGCGGCCGUUGGGGCGCUCCACACGGUCUACUAGAUACCUGGCUUCAGAUGCAGACUUCCGAGCUCGAAUCGCUUCUUUGCAAGCAAGAGGGCGCAUCAAUCGCGUCCGCCCACAUGGACCUUUUCGAUGGCGGGACUUCAUCACGCGAUGAUUCCUUCCUGCGGCCGGCCUUGUGGGAAGACAUUGCAUCUUCCAUCAGAAACAUUGACCCCGAGAACGCGAACAUGCUCGCACCAUUGGGUGCAACACACGUCAAACUCGAAACAGAUGAGGCUUUGCUUGAGGAAUGCGCUACUCCACUUCUUAGUCCGCUGGAAAUCAAGACGGAGAGGCUCCUUGCGCCGCCAACGUACGCCCAACCCCAGCCAGCGCAGCAUCAUCAGCAACCAGCGACACCAUUCUCAAAAUAUCCACCUUCGCGGCUUGUCUAUAUGUCCCCGCUUACGCCCCCCGGAUCUGACCAAGGCAGCCCUGGCAAUUCUAUGCAGUGUGGACCCAGACGAACGCCGCCUCCACCUUACCACCCGCCCCCCAUGCUUCGACCACAAAUGGGGCAUCAACAUCAAACUCAUGUCCAGCAUCAUCAGCCGCCUAUGCAACAAAUGCAAAUGCAACCACAACCACUAGGACCAUCCCCUCUGGGACACGGUCCCAUUCACCACUCAAGACUUGGGCCUCCGUCCCACUCUAUGAAGUAUAACAGACGGAACAAUCCCGAGUUGGAGAAGAGAAGAGUUCAUCACUGCGACUUCCUUGGAUGCACGAAAGUUUACACGAAGAGUUCGCAUCUGAAGGCUCAUCAAAGAAUACAUACAGGAGAGAAACCUUAUACUUGCCAAUGGCCGGAGUGCGAAUGGAGGUUCGCUCGUUCAGACGAACUGACGCGUCACUACCGUAAGCAUACGGGAGCCAAGCCGUUUAAAUGUACAGUCUGCGAGCGGUCCUUCGCCAGGUCGGACCACCUCGCGCUUCACAUGAAGCGGCACUUGCCAAAAACCUCGAAAUGACACGCAAGAAGAGGCGCGGACCAACCGCCGGCGCCUCAAAUCACUCAGGAUGAUUGCAGUGGAAAUCUUUUUCUGGAAACUGACCUAGAAUCUAGCCUUUUGGACACGUUUUACAGCGUAUUGUGAUCUACACAAGGAUAUCCUGCAUACGUUAUAGCCAAACACUUCGUCGGUCAUAUGUACAGAUUGAGAAAGAGAGAUUUUUCGUUAUUUUCAAGUACAAAAUGUACUUAACAAUUUAUAAUUAUUAGAAUCGCGCAAGUAGCAAUGUGACGUUCUCCACAUAAGUUUUUCAUACUUUAAUAAGUUUUCAUGAAAAUAAUUUAUGAUAAAUUACAAAUGUGAUACCCAAGAUACGUUACCUGCAAUUUCAUUUUGAACAUUCAUAAAUUGCCAGUUGCAAGAUUAUUAUGAUUUAAGGAAAUUUAAUUAACUAAUAAGAUUUGUCGGCUAGUAUUAAAAUUAUAAUUAUGAGCAUUACACGGAGAUUCCAAAACAAAAUUAAGAUGUUUUAGGUAUUAUUGGGUUCAAUACAAAUAUAACUUAUCUAGCGGAGAUAUUGCUAAGACCAAUAUAUUGGCGGCCGUAAGUUACUUAAUAUAUGUAAAUAUUUUAAAAACUAAAUAAGUACUACAACUUACUUAAGGGUAUUUGCUCACGACAUCUGCAUUGAUGUUGUUAUCGCUCCGUAACUUUAGUAUUGAUUAGAUAUGAUUAAUUUAUUGUGUUUAUUACUUUUAAGAGACAUUUGAAUAUCCAAGAUAUUAUUGGCAUAGGUUUUAGGCGAUAGUUUUAGUUUGUAAGUGUUUAUUCAAUUUAAUAAUUACCUAGGAGAUGUUGAAUAUACGACCUGCAGAGACCUAACUAAGUCUAGAAUAUUUCAAUUUAAAAAAUGUAAACGGUAUCAUUAUUGUACCUCUUAGAAACCUAAAAGCUUUGGCUACACUCAUUUUAUAGCAGGACUAAUUUGAGGUAUCCAAAUCUGGUUUUUAUUUUAUUCACUCUUUCGAAAACAAAAUUUUCAUCGAAAAUACGAAUUCUCCAAAUGAAUCUCGAGGUCGUUGUUCGCUCUCCUCACACUUUCUAGUCUUGUUAUAAAACAGAUUUGAUAUUCAACAAGUUAAAAUAGUUUAAUAGUUGUUUCAAGUCACUUCAUCAAAAUAUUCAUUGUUGUAUGCUUACAUCAUGCGCACAUUGUGUGUUUAUAAUUCGUAAAUAUGUAUAUUUAAAUUUAGUAAUAAUAAUCCUUAUUGUGUCCGUCCAGAGAAUAUUGUAUAUAGAUUCAAAGUAAAAAAUAAUGUCCACUUUGAGCGAAUAUAGUGCCUUUACUAAUGCCUUCUUAAGUUCAUUAAUAUUAAUAAUAAUCAAUAGUUUUGAAGUAUAUCGCAAAUAUUUCGAUAUUUAUAACUUAAGUAGCCUUUAAUUAAACCGCACUUCUAUAUUCACAUGGGCAAAGGAUUAUUUAUAUGGAAAAAUCAGUCUGUACAUCCCUCAAUGAUAAAUCAAAUUUUUCGAAAAAUAUUAUAUUAAAUUGUUAAAUUUAUAUAUAAGUUAUUUAACAUAUUAAUAUAGUAUUUAUAUACAAAAAGGUAUGGGAAUGCAAUAAGGAAGAACGCCUAUUUGUUCAUUGCAACAUCACACAAAUUAUUUCAUGACUUGCCAAUCUCUCUUGCAUUUAGAAUAGAAUAAUCAUAAUUAGAAUAAAACAAAUGCAUAUUUCUACUUCUCUACCUUGCCCUUAUAUUAGGAUAUAUAUUUAAAUAGGUCAUAUUUAUCAUAUUUAUAACACAGGUCCACAUUGUCAUACAAUGUGUUGUGAAAGUUUGAUUCAUAUAAAAAUAGAUAAAUGUUUACCUAUAAAAUAAAAUUAACAAAAUCCUCGUAAGAGUCUAACCAAUUAGAAUGUGGCUUUUCUUUAUUCAUUAAAGGUUUUUUAUGUGACAUUCAAAACGUAAUAUGAUAAUAAUCUUAAUGAGAGUUUUUCACUGUUCCUAGAUUAGUUACAUAGUUUAUUCUAUAAAACAUUUGGUUGUAAUUAAUUCACACGUUAAGUUUUGAUAAAUACAUUAAUAAAAUAGAUACUAUGAGUACUAAACUAAUACAAAAUAAGUACUAAAAUGUUAUCAAAGCCUGACUCUUUUAUUAUCUUAUGAACAAAAAGAUUCAUUGGAGAACGGGGUUCCAACACAUGAUGUCACAGAACUGUCACUCACUAAACUAAUACAGCUGAACUAAACAACAUAUUUUAUAUAAUUAAUGAAUACCGUAUAUUUACUCUCUAUGACUUGUGUAUUAUAUUUUAGUACUAAAGAAUAUCUCAUGUCAUUCCCACAUGGAAACACGUGACUUCUUUCACACCACAUUGACUGAUUUAUGAUUGCUUCUGUUUCGAAAUAUUAAAAAGUUCGGUCUUGAAGAAUUUUACGGUAAUUAAAGGAAGUUCUGUUUGAGAAAUUUUCGCCAAUUGUAGAUAUUGUAGAUAGUCUUAAAGCCAAAUUAGUUUGCCAUAAAUCAGGAAUUGCCAUACUAAGCGUAAGACAAAUUAGCGGAUCAUCAAAAUUACCGAUAAUUUUUGUAAAAUUUGACAUGCUUUAAUAAACUUUAUUUGACUGUAAGAUUGUAUUACAGUUUGAGGCAAAAUUCAGGAUACUUCCUUUAUGAAGAGGAAAUGUAGGACACAAGAACAAUGUAUUAAGAAACUAUGAUUAGAAAUUUAUAGACAUAAGUUAAUAUCAGGUAACUCCUGUGGCAUAAUUUUGUACCUUUGAUUUAAUUUUAAUUUAAGAAAGAUUAUGUUUGGUUUCAUGUUUUAUUUAAGUUUAUGAUUAGUUAUGUAUGACUAAGUCAGAUAAUUUAUUACCAAUGAAAAGUUUUUUUAUUCUUUUAUAUUUAAGUUCAAAUACAGGGUGUAGCUAGACCGCUUGCGAAAACCAGUUAAUGUUAAUAUGGGGAAUAUGAAUUUGAUAUUUUUAAUUUUUGAAAUAAUAAAAAUUACUUUCUGUAGAAUUCUACGUAUAAAGUUAUAUUUUCUUAUUCGAUGCGGUCUAUUUACAACCGAGGUGUUAUUUUAUAUUUUCAAUAUUAAUAAGAUAAACCUUUAACAAAUUGGAUCUUACAAUAUGAAUGCCAAAAGCCGAAAGCACUAGACUAGACUUGCUUGGUCACCUAAUAAAGAAAAGGACGUGUUGAUACUCUUGCAAAUAUUGCAGAAUGAUUACUGGAAAGCACUUAAAAAGUUCAGUUAUGCUUAUAUACGCGUUAAAGAAAUAAAGAUAUAGAAAAUAUUGUUGGUAACUAAUGCGAAUAUCGAAUAUCGAAGCGAAAAUCGCUACUGAUACAGAAUCAGGAUUAUAAGUACCGACAGUAAAAUAUUAUACUAAAAAUAUGGCUAAAAAUAACGGGCCAUAAUGUUUUGUUAUCAUGUUUUAGUUUUGUUUUUACCGCUUUCUUUAAUCUAUAUUUGUUCUAAUUAAUUUGUAGAUUCUGCUCCGAUUUGGGUAUGUCUACUGUUAUGUCUACGGGUUACUUUAUAAAAAACCCCAAAAGACUUGGAGCCAGGACAAACACGAUGCUCAAGACCGAACGCGAUAAAGGCUACUAUGUACUGCGCCAUCUAGGACCAUUAAGUCAAGAUGAACUAGUUGCGAGACAAUAGGCUUUUGGUAUAACAUUAUGAGGAACUACGAUAGUUACCUAGUUAGAUGUAAAAUGCCAUCUCUUAAUGUAAAUAUUACCUUAAUAUUUAGACCUUAGGUUAAUGGUUAGUCUCGUCUUGAAACCAAGUAAAAGUAGUUUUGCGAACAUGCUGUAUAGUUAAACAUAAGAAAGUCCAUUAAAAAAACUCAUAAUCUUAAUUGUAUAAUAUGUAAUUGCAACUUCACAAAACAAAUUUAUUAUA